AUACACACAAGAGCCCGCCCGCAGUCACGGCAUUGCUUCACCCGAUUCCUGAGUAGUGGGUGUUGGUGCAGUAAGGCUCCUACUACACAUUCGUCUCCUAGGUUGUAACUAAACACACCUUCAUCUCAGAGCUGCCACCAUGCCGCCUCCCAAGCUUCGGAAGAUGGUGUCGAACUUCGGGGGUCCUGGGCGGAAGCGUAGCUGUUGUAAGUCCUUCCUGAAGGUGCUCUUCUCACACGUGGGGCUCUUCAUACUAGUCGCUAUCUACGCCAGCGUCGGAGCGUACUUGUACAUCAACUUAGAAACGGAUAACGAGAACAAACGCAGGUUGGCGAAGAAGCGGGUGUCGAUGGACGUGGAUGACGCCAUAAACUACAUUAUAUCAUUCCUCUGGUUCAAGUCUGAAGAGAUCACUGACGCCAAGGAAUACAACAUGAUGGUCAGAAACACCCUCGAAAGGUUCACUGGGUUUGUCGUGGAGAAGGCUUCGGAUUCCAACAUCCAAUACGAUGGCGAUUUGAACGCAUGGGAUCAGGAUUGGACUUAUUCCAAGUCUCUCCUCUUUACCGUCACUAGUAUGGCUGCUAUUGGUGAGCGAUGA